UAGUUACUACUCCCCGCGACAGUACACAACAAUCUUUCUGGAAGUCAAAAAGGCUGAGAGACAAGGCACCGAAUAUCGACUGGCUUUAUUAUCCUCACUCGCAUCAGGAACGGUGCGAGUACGAUCCGGCAGAUCGAAGACUAGACGAUCGAGGGAGCCGGCCGCAACUUGGCCAGUGAUCUUGUCUAGUAGACCGUGAAUAUAUCGAUCGCGACGACCAAAUCCAGGGGCCAUCCCCCGCAGAUAUAUCCGCUUCGGUACCCGCGGCGGCCACGACGGCGACCGCUCGCUCCUUGCCUCCCUCCUUGGCCUAUUUAGACCCUCCGGCCAGUCCCCAACCCCGCCCAUUUCUUCCUUCACCACUCCUAGUCGCAAGCAAGAAGCCGUGCGCGCUCGCGUCGUCGUCGUCGUCGCAGGCCGGCCAUGGAGAGGAGGGCGCACGCGAUGCUGUUCCCGUUCCCGUGCUCGGGGCACAUCAACCCGACGCUGAAGCUGGCGGAGCUGCUGCACUCGCGCGGGGUGUACGUGACCUUCGUCAACACGGAGCACAACCACGAGCGGCUGCUGCGGACGGCGGGCGGGCUGCGGGGGCGGGAGGGGUUCCGGUUCGAGUCGGUGCCCGACGGCCUGUCGGAGGAGGACCGCCGGAGCCCCGACCAUACAGUGAAGCUGUACCUGUCCCUGCGGCGGAGCUGCGGCGCGCCGCUGGCGGCGCUGGCGCGGGGGCUCAUCGGGGAGCGGGAGGGCGUCCCGCCCGUCACCUGCGUCGUGCUCAGCGGCCUCGUCAGCUUCGCGCUCGACGCCGCCGAGGAGGCCGGCGUCCCGGCGUUCGUGCUGUGGGGCACCAGCGCAUGCGGCUUCGUCUGCACGCUCCGGCUACGCCAGCUCCGGCAGCGGGGAUACACGCCGCUCAAAGACGAGAGCUACUUGACGAACGGGUACCUUGACACGCCCAUCGACUGGAUCGCCGGGAUCCCGCCGGUGCGGCUGGGCGACGUCUCCAGCUUCGUCCGGACGCUGGACCCGCAAUGCUUCGCGCUGCGCGUGGAGGAAGACGAAGCCAACAGCUGCGCCCGGGCGCGGGGCCUCAUCCUCAACACGUUCGAGGACCUCGAGCCCGACGUGCUCGACGCGCUCCGGGCCGAGUUCCCGCGGGUGUACACCAUCGGGCCCCUGGCCGCCGCCAUGCACUCCGCGCAGGGCCAUGGCCACGGCGCGGCGGGGCUGAGCCUGUGGGAGGAGGACGCGGCGUGCGUGGCGUGGCUGGACGCGCAGGCGCCCGGGUCGGUCCUGUACGUCAGCUUCGGGUCCCUGGCCGUGCUGUCGCUGGACCAGCUCGAGGAGCUCGCGUGGGGGCUCGCCGCCACCGGGCGCCCGUUCCUCUGGGCCGUCCGCCCGGGACUCGUCGCCGGUGACCGCGGCGCCGACGCGCUCCCGGAGGACUUCCUGGCGGCGACGAGGGGCCGGUGCUUCAUCGCCGAGUGGUGCGCGCAGGAGCAGGUGCUCCGGCACCCCGCCGUGGGCGGGUUCCUGACGCACAGCGGGUGGAACUCGACGACGGAGAGCAUCCUGUCGGGGGUGCCCAUGGUGUGCUGGCCCGGGUUCGCCGACCAGUACAUCAACUCCCGGUACACGUGCGGGGACUGGGGCAUCGGGCUCCGCCUCGACGAGGCGCUGCGGCGGGAGCAGGUCGCGGCACACGUCGAGGAGCUGAUGGGGGACACGGGGAGGGCCAGGGAGAUGAGGCGCAACGCGGCGAGGUGGAAGGCCGCGGCCGAGGCGGCCACGGCGCCCGGCGGGUCGUCGUACGAGAGCCUCCGCAGGCUGGUCGAGGAGCUCCGGGUGGGCGACGCGGACGCGGACGCUUGGACGGCCGGUGACCCAUGACGCGAUGAUGCACGCGCACCUCGCUUUGAUGGACGCCGCCUCUAGUCGUCGGCCAGUCGUCAGCUCUUAUCUGGUUGCUGAGUAAGAGCACGAUGACGGAAGCCGUAGUGUCUGGUUUCGUACACGCAGCAGUGUUUCGUUUCAGCUCGGUCAAGAAAAGAAAUUCUAGUAUUUUGUAUCGUAGUAGAUUGAUUGCAUGUCUCGAUGUCAACAUUAGUGGACGAAUUUGUCAGGAACUCAGCAGAUGCUUUGCUUGGGCUCCUUCAAAAACCAUGUGCCCACGCGCAGGGAGCCGAGCUCCUGUCAGCUGGUCAGCAUGGUACUUGCAUUAUCAAUUGCCGGAUUAAACUGGUCGGAAACUGAUUACUGA